UGUUUAGAGGCGGCCAGGAACACCUUGAGGGCGGGCGCCUUCGCCUUCCCUCCCUCCGCGGCCCUCCUCUCCCUUCCCCUUCGGGAAGGAACAACAUGCCUAAUACUAAGGAGACCACCUCAAGUGACUGGAAUGAUUCUCAGAAUGCAGACUGCAACCCCAGAAAAGCAAAAGAACAUGAAGACAUCCAUGGUGGAGAAAUGCCUGACCUCUGUCCACCUGACAUCCCACCUUCCAGCCCUCCUCAGUUCUUUUCCACGGCAGAGCUCAUGGAAACAGCCAAUGAAGUCUCAAAAAUGACCAUAGCGCAUGAAAUUGUAGUAAAUCAAGACUUCAAACUUCAAGAGGUGAAUUUCCCACCAAACAGUUUGGAAAGCAGAGUGAAAGAGACAUUGCACAAAGCCUUUUGGGACAAUCUGAGAGAACAGCUUUCCAAAAUACCACCCGAUUAUGCCCAUGCUAUUAAACUACUUCAAGAAAUCAAAGAGAUUCUGCUGUCCUUGCUUCUGCCACGGCAGACCCGUUUGCAAAGUCAAAUUGAAGAAGCUCUGGAUAUGGAAUUGAUAAAACAAGAGGCUGAGCAUGGGGCUUUGGACAUUGCUAACCUCACAACAUACAUCUUAGGUACAAUGGCAAUGCUAUGUGCACCCGUUCGAGAUGAGGAAAUACAGAGACUGCGAGUCAUGACAGACCCAGUUCAUCUGCUCAGGGAGAUCUUCCGAGUUCUGGACUUAAUGAAAAUGGAUAUGGUAAAUUUUACCAUACAAACCCUCCGACCCCAUCUCCAGGAGCACUCUGUCCAGUAUGAGAGGAAAAAGUUCCAAGAGCUCUUGAGCAAGCUACCAGCUGGCCUGGCUUUUACAACCGAGUGGCUGCGCAAGGCAGCAGCUGCAGUAUCAACUUCUGAUGUGCAACUCUCCUCAUCCACCUCUGAGACCAAUGGAUCACCAGUUCCUACUUCCCCUGAGGCUGCUGGAGAAGUCUUGUCUAUCCAUAGUCCUACAGCUGUGCUAAACCAAGCAUACAUGGAUUUGCUGCAUUGGGACCCUGGAAAAGACUAUCCUGAGACUAUGAUGAUGGACAAAGCUCGUUUGCAUGCUCUUCAAAUGGAAGUGAAUCAGCUAGCCAUUAUUGCUGCAGUGCUACUAGUGAGCAAUAGCACAUGUGGCAAUGGGGCCUUUAGCUCAGCAGGUUGUGGAGACAGGUUGAAAUUGGUAACAAAAGCUUUACUAGAAGGACAUCCUGGUGCAAGGUUAGAAGAUGCUUUAUUGGAUAUUAGCAGCCAAAUACAUCAGGAAGUGAACAGAACACUUCUCCAAUUGGGGUACCCUGCUCUUACUGCUGAUAAGGCUACUUUACUUAAAGGCCAACUCAGAAGCCUUGCAGAUAAGGAUAAUGCAGUACGGAAUUUGAUUGAGCAACGGAUCGAAACUUUUCUUAGGCACUGCUUAUCUCAUGGUGGCAAGAACUCUGCAAGUCUACUCCAAGGCCUUGCUCCAAUUCAGGAAGAACUAUUGGAAGUUGGUCGAAGGUUUAGCAGUUUGAUUCAUUACAACAGGCAAGUUUUUGGUCCAUACUAUUCAGGAAUCUUGAAGAAAUUACUGCUUCAAGAGGAAAAAUCAGGGACAGCUUCCUAAUAACCAUCUCAAAUGAGGGAGAGCACAUGAUGGCAGGAGAGGGGAGAAGACUGGCAAUUGCUCAGACUGUGCUUUGGCUCAAAGUCCAGUGUAAUCAACAGAGCAGCUGUCUUGUUCUGUGCUUUGGUAUCCAAAGCACUUGUACAGCUGGACUAUUGAAGCUGCAGGGUACAGUUACAUAAAUACCAACUGGCAAUGCCAAGUUUGCUGCAGUAAACCUUUAAACAGCUCAAAAUGUUGUCCCUGUGUUCUUAGACCAACUGAUGUGUGCUCUGCUACCUGGGAAUAGUAAGGCUACUAUCCUAAAGCUACAGCCAUUACCUUAUAAGGCAUUCUUAACUGCUUUCAAUGAAACUUAGAAGCAUGCAUAGAAUUGUGGCCUUGUUAUAAUACACAGUACACACUAAUAGCCAUAACCACAGCAACUCAUACAGAGAUGUCUAAUUUUAUUAAUUUAGUCUGUUCUAAGUCAUACAAUUAUGAAAAACAAACAACAAAACGACUGCUGGAAGCCCAGGAAUAUUUACAGUCUCGCCUUGUUGUAGUGAGGUCAGUCUAUGUUGUUGCACAGAUUGGUUAUGUUUGGUACCACAAAAAUGACAGAUAACAAUUUUAUAUACAGGAUAUAACAAGGAAAUAGUUCAAGUAUCAAAAUACAAAGACCAGAUCAAAUAACAUUUUUAUUACAAAUCAGUCCCAUUGCCAUACAUCACAAUUAGCAAAAAAGUGUCUACACUGUAAACCAAACUGCCUGCUACCAAGAAUCUACCUGCCCAAUUUAGGAACAAGCAUAGAAGAAAAUCCUGUUAAUAGACAUUCAUACUGAUCAUGCAAAAGGAGACAAAUGUAGGAGUGAAGUAUCACCCAAACUAUUUUAGUUUCACAAGUGAAAUUAUUGUAAAAGGUGAGGUACCUUUCAGUAUCUGGUCUGCAAGAGCAGCACAGCUCACCACCUAAGCUGCUCUAGAAUUUCUUUUCUGGAAGGGGGCUGGGCAGAAUUGUAAUGUACCUUAAAUUCAAAUAAGACUUUCCUCUUAAUCUAAGAAAGUCUAAAACCCAGUUUCUAUGAGCCAGUAGUAUGUAACACAUACAGAGAAAAAUAUUAUAUGACUUUGAGUUUAGUAAUGUGAUUUCUCAUUCAAGAAAUAAGUAACCCUUCAUCCAACUUACUAUGUACAGUAUGUUCUCAUUCUGCCGCCAUUUAAGGUAAAUAUAAGCCUACAGAAAUAAGGUUUCUUUUUCAGAAGGCGAAAAGAUGGAGCAUUGGCAAAAGCAGCUGAUAGAUGAUGCCACUUCAGCAAAGGCUGGUGCUAGAAUAGGAAUUGUGUUCUCAAAGGAGACCUUAAAACACAUUUAGUGUCAGGAAUAUAGGGCACUUUUUUCAGUGUGCUACAAAAUCCCAUAAAGAGGUAAGUUUCCAAACUUCUACGGUGUUCGUCUUGCCUCUUUAUGGGAUUUUGUAGCACAUUCUAACAACUAAUUCCUAAGAAAGGUCAGGUUCAGAAAGACUUUGAUUGUCUUCUGUAAAAGUGUAUAAGGAGAAGAUGCCAUUAGAUAUUACUAAACUCAAAGAGGAAGCACCUGAUUACAAGAAGAAACAUGUUGGGAGAUUUUUCCAUCUAUAUCUGCCACCAUGUUCCAAAAUUCCUCCUUUAUAACAAAACUAUUCAUUUUACAUUCUCUCAGAAAAGAUCUACCAGUGCAGCAACAUUUAUAUGAACGCUGGCAUAUCACUCAUAUAUACAUGUAAAGGAAUGUCAUUUUUUU